CUCGGCAGCCCCAAAGACAAUUAUGAUAUAGUCCUUCAUGUAUAUAUCAGUAGUAAAAGAAAUGAUGUCUCAUUUGGACAAAUAACAAAACGAAGAGUGAAUUUUUUUUCUUUUUUUUUUUUCGGUUUGAGAACAGAAGAGGAAGGGUGUAAUGGAGGGAGGAGGAGCUCAGUAUAAUCCUCGCACAGUGGAAGAGGUUUUUAGGGAUUUCAAAGGCCGAAGAGCUGGCAUGAUCAAAGCACUCACCACAGAUGUGGAAGAAUUUUAUCAGCAGUGUGAUCCUGAGAAGGAGAAUCUGUGCUUGUAUGGCUUCCCAGGUGAACAAUGGGAAGUCAAUUUACCUGCCGAAGAGGUCCCUCCAGAACUACCAGAGCCUGCCUUGGGUAUUAACUUUGCAAGGGAUGGUAUGCAAGAAAAGGACUGGUUAUCUUUAGUUGCUGUCCAUAGUGAUGCAUGGCUGCUUUCAGUUGCCUUCUAUUUUGGUGCGAGAUUUGGAUUUGAUAAAGCUGACAGAAAACGGCUUUUCAACAUGAUUAAUGAGCUUCCAACGAUAUUUGAAGUUGUAACUGGUGCUGCCAAGAAACAAACAAAGGAGAAGUCAUCGGUAUCAAAUCAUAGUAGCAACAAAUCAAAGUCCAACUCCAAAGUGAAGGAAUCUCAGGCAAAGUAUUCAAAACCAUCUCAGCCAAAGGAUGAAGAUGAAGGCUUGGAUGAGGAAGAUGAGGAGGAGCAUGGAGAGACCUUGUGUGGGGCUUGUGGCGAGAACUAUGCAUCAGAUGAGUUCUGGAUAUGUUGUGAUGUCUGCGAGAAAUGGUUCCAUGGAAAGUGUGUGAAGAUCACUCCAGCUAGAGCCGAGCACAUUAAGCAGUACAAGUGCCCAUCAUGCAGCAACAAGAGAUCUCGCCCUUGAUAUCAUGAAAAUAUGCUGUGUGUGUGUGUCUCUCUCUCUUUCUCUCUCUCUCUCUCUCCCCAUUUGUACUUUUUCUCUCGGUGUACUCUGCUAACUGUCCUGUUAAUCAGUUUGUGUCUUUGAUGUAGACUAGUGCGGCAUGUGAAUGGUCACUUUGGUCUAGAAAAUCUCAGUUUUCAAUACUAUUUAUUUGUAGUUUAGUUUUAUGAUCAUUCCCUUGUGAAACAUUUUGGAAAUCUUUUGAUUUGAUAGGGAAUUCUGUUAUGUGUUAAAA